GACGUCUUGCCCCCCUCCCCCGUCUAUGCUUGUUCCUUAAAAAUCAAAAAUUUUUAAAAAAUGAAAGAUAAGAAAGGAUAACGAUAAUAAUAAUAAUAUUAAGAAGAAGAAGAAGAAGAAGAAGAAGAAGAAGAAGAGGACGGGGUAAGAAGAGGCAGAAGAAGACGAAGAAGAAAAAAGAAGACGAAGAAGAAAAAAGAAGACGAAGAAGAAAAAAGAAGACGAAGAAGAAAAAAAGAAGACGAAGAAGAAGAAAACGCUGAGAAGAAGAACGGCGGAAGUUGGUGUUCUGCGGCUCGCGUGCGCGGUUGGGGGUCCUGCAGCGUCGCCGCGAGUCGGUAUUAAGCGGGAGUUCGUAUUGUGUGCUGACUGCAGACGCCGCGGAUGGGCCGGGAGUGAGUCGAACCGCGGGUCCGGCGGUGUGAUGUUGUCCUCGGCGUCCUGCUGCGCUGCCAGCCGGGGCCGUGUCGCCGCCUGAGAGCGUCUCCGUUCGGCCGUUGGCGGAAUAAAUAAUCGACUUUCAACCUUUUUGCUGAUCCGACGUUCAAGCCAACACAUAAAAAUGGCGGAUGUACGACGCGCCAUGGAUGAUGAUGAUGAGGAUCUGGAGGACGGAGAGCUCUCCGGAUCUGGCUCGGACUCGGGUAUGAGGACCGCGCCAGACCCUCCGGUCUUCGGCCGGUCGUCCUUCCAGAACCAGGCCGCCGUGCUUCCCUCCGUCACGGCCUACCGCAGCGCCGCCAACACGGCCGACUCCAGCGACCCGGACUCGGACGAGGAGGCUGCGGCGUGGAGGUGCAAACGUCAGAAAGUAUCCGACAACCCCCGACCGCCUCCUGCACCCGGCCCCCGCUUCAGCUGGUCCCGGCCCGCUUCCGGCCCGCCGCAGGGGGGCCGCAAAGUCAACAACAUUUGGGGCUCGGUCGUCCAAGAGCAGUGCCAGGAAGCCAUCACCGCGGAGCUGGGCGUGUUCGGCAUGGAGGGGGGCGUCAGCAUGGCCAGCAGGAACGUGGAGACCUAUAACUACGUGCUGGCCCGCAAGAUCAGGAAGGAGAGAGAGGAGCAACUGAGGGGCGAAGGAGAGUCCAUGCUGGAUGCCCAGCUCGAUGAGUACAUGGCGGGUCAGGGGUCAGACAUUACCGAUGGUGGCGGCGGCGGCGGCGAUGGUCAGUCGAAGAGGAAACGUCCGGUUAAGGAGAGGAUCGGUCCACCUGAGAUGGACGUCAAGGGCCGCUAUGAGAUCACGGAGGACGACCCCGAGGACAUGGUGAUCGACGAGAUUGUCCACAGGCUCCGUGAGCCCAAAAGAGAGCUGGUGGAGCGGGUGGUGAAGGUCGUCGGGAGGAAGAAGGCCAUCGAGCUGCUGUGGGAGACGGCCACCCUGGAGGAAAACGGCGGCUUGUACACCGUGGAUGGCAGCCGGCGGCGCACGCCGGGGGGCGUCUUCCUCAACCUGCUGAAGAACAUGCCGAGCAUCACCAGGGAGCAGUGCAAGGAGAUCUUCCUGGACGAGAAUCAGAGGGAGCAGAAGAGCAAGAAGGCGGCGCAGAAGCGCCGGCGGUACGUCGUGGCCAAGAAGAUGAAGCAGGCCAUCAACACGCUCAACCUGCAGGAGCACGACGACGUGUCCAGGGAGACGUUUGCCAGCGACACCAACGAGGCCUUGGAGUCCCUGGAGGAGGUGGCGGAGGAGGACCCGGAGGAGAAACAGCCUGAGCCCCCCUCGGGCAUCGAGGACACGGCCAUUGUGUACAACUCGGCUGACCUGGAGGUCUUCUGAGGACCUCCAGGUCAGCCGCCCUCUGAGCCCUCGGUGCGAGGGACGUCUGGCGAGGCGACGGCCCCCGAGAAGCACCGUCACCCGCGGUGUUCCAGCCACACCCCCUCCGCUUUGUUGCUCCACAAAUAAAUCCGUCUCUUUCGUGUCGACGUUUGUUUCUUUCUCAGUAUGUUGGGGGUUUGUUUGGUUUUGGUUUUUUACUUUUCAUACAACACAAGUUUUCUUCUUUAAGAUGUGUUUGUUUUUUGUGGCAUUUUCCGCCUUUAUUAGACAGUGUCAGUAGAGACACACGGGGGGGGGGGUGACAUGAAGCAGAGGGGCCGGACUGGACCCCAGGCCGCUGGGGUCAGCACUCAGCCCCAUGGGGUGCCCCUCUCCCCUGUACAGCAUAACUUCCCAGAGGGUCUCCAGUCCGUUGGCCCUGGGCUCUGUGAGAAGGACCCCCCGUCAUGUCGCUUUAUUUUUGUUUGUAGAAGCAGAACAGUAAAACCACUUUGUUAGAGUGGGUUCCCUUUGUCUCAGUGCCGUUUUUAGCCACUAGAGGGCAGAGACGCUCCUCCUCCAGAAACCUUAACUGUACAGUGUGUUAGAGGCUGUUGGUCGGAAAUCAAUAAAGUUUAUUUACUUUGUUU